AUGCAUGGUAUCAGGAGAUGGACACCGGCCUCUGAUGGAACAACAUUAUGUCUAACGCUUUUAAUCUUUAUCAUCGUAUAUUCCAUCAAAUCCUGUUCAUGUCAAAGUGUCGAAAGAGUCGAGCUUCCAGGGGAUGUGAUACUCGGGGGACUCUUCCCCGUUCACGAGAAUGGCGUCCAUGGAUGCGGCCAGUUCGACCUGGGCGGGUACCAGAGGCUUGAAGCGAUGGUGUACGCCCUGCAGAAGAUCAACAACGACCGUAACCUGCUGCCUGGAAUAGAUCUCGGUGCUGUUAUACUUGAUACUUGCAGUAGGGAUACUUAUGCUUUGGAACAGGCUAUGGAUUUUGUGGCGUCUACAACGAACAGGAUAGAUCUGGACGCGUUUACCUGCCCAAAUGGAAGCAAGCCUGAUUACGUGGCGCCUCAACCGACGGUUGCCGUUGUGGGAGCAGCAGCUAGUCCGGUAUCUAGCAUGGUUGCUAAUAUACUGCGUCUUUUUAAGAUUCCCCAGGUGAGUUAUGCUUCUACGAGUCCUGAGCUGAGUGACAAGUCCCGAUUCGACUACUUCCUUCGCGUGGUCCCUCCGGACACCUACCAGGCUCAGGCCAUGCUCGACGUGGUCAAGGCACUCGGAUGGAGGUACGUCGCCACCAUCGCCUCGUCCGGCAACUACGGCGAGAAGGGCAUCGACGCCUUCAAGAAUCUCACAAGGUCCACAGGUAACGUGACUAAUCACGUGAUGACGUAUCCCGUUGUUGAAUUGAGUGUUGAGUACUGA